AUGGCGGCCGCGAGCGUGCCCAUGAUGGAGAAGGCCUCGGCCGGGAUGCGAGAGAUUUUCCAGUCCUUCACGACCUCGGAGGCCAGAUACUUCGACGAGGAACGGUUCUCGGAGGCCGAGAUCCGGAGAUCCCUCAACGACAGCCUCACGGAGAAGAAGACAGAUGCCAUGAAGCGCAUCCUGGCGCACGUGUCCGCUGGCCGCGACGCGAGCGCGCUCUUCCCGGACGUGGUGAAGAACGUGUCGUUCCAGUCGCUGGAGCUCAAGAAGCUGAUAUACAUCUACCUCGUACAGUAUGCUGAGAACAACCGCGAGCUGGCCUUGCUCUCCAUUAACAGUUUCCAAAAGGACCUGUCGGACAGAAGUCAGCUCGUCCGGGCAUCCGCGCUGAGAGCGAUGUCCUCCAUCAAGGUGCUGGAGGUUAUCCAGCUGGUCAUGGUGGCCGUGAGGACCGCCUCCAGCGACACCUCGCCCUAUGUCAGAAAGACGGCCGCGCAGUGCAUGACCAAGGUCUACGCAGUGGACGCCGACCAGUUCUUCGAGCUGAGGGGACUGCUCCUCCGGCUCAUGAGCGACCACGAGGUGCAGGUCGUCGGCAGCGCCAUCAUGGCCUUCCACCACAUCUGCGUGGCCCUGCCGCCGCGCAUACCUGCGGAGGCCUCCGACGAGCCGAGUCCCUCGGCAGGUGAGCCGCGAGCAGCGCGCACCGCGGGGCGCGCGGCGCGGAUCCCGGCGGGCGGCAGGCGCCAGGGGGACGACAAGGACCAGGCCAAGAAGGAGCAGGGCCUGAAGGAGGUGAACGCGCUCAAGCAGAGUGAGCAAGAACAGACGGCGAACUACGCCGAUCAUGUGAAAACCCAGAAGGACCGCGAGCUCGGCCCACCUCACAUCUGGGCCUUCGGCGGAGCACUCAAGACGUACGCGGAGGCGAAGCCCGACGGCGGUACUCCAGUGUUGCACGAGGAGCUCUUCCAGGCAAAUUCGGAGUACGACAACUGUCUGAUCCCUAAGAAUUUCGACUUUGUGCUUAACUGUCGGGUGGAGCAGGUCUUCCGGAAAGGCAUGACGAAGAUUACCGUAGCUCUUGGCGACCCGACGUUCUGGAUCAUGCUGAACGCGGCCAUUGGCAACACGCCGCGCGGCAUCAUGGCUGGGAAGGAGUCCCAGGGCAAGGCUUGCGCGGUCUGCGUCGGACGCGGCAACUGGGCUUGGAACUGGCGUCUCGAGAGCCCGAAUGGCCGGUGCGAAAUCAGUGGGCAGGGCCACUUCUACCGCGACUCGUCAUGGGCUCAGCGUGAGGUGGGCAAGUCGUCGCCACCUCGUGGAUGGUUCCGUUCGGAGAGUGAGUUGCCCAGCCUGCCAAGGGCGGGGGGUGGCGCCAAACCUGGAGACGACUUGCAGAAGUUCCUGGAGGUGUCAGGUCACUCCACUGGCUACACUGCGCUGGCCUUGGCCCUGAAGGUGCAGGCCCAAGCGGCCGCCGCCCACCCAGUCAAGCCGAAGUGUCCCUACGCGCGGCGGCGCCAGAUGGCUGCCGCUUGUGCCCAGAAGCAGAUCGAACUUGACAAGGCCGCCCGGCGGCUUCUGCAGGCCGAGCAGUACCUUCUCGAGGCGCAGGAGAAACGAACGCAGGGUGCUUCGGAGCUCUUCGACGCCGACCAAGCCAGGAAGGAAGCGCUGCUCGCCGCGCAGGACAAGGGGGGCGAUGCCGGUGACGUGCCGGCGGCCGAUCUUACCUUCGGCAUCGACCCCGGGCUCUUUCAGGGCCUCGAUGAGUUCGAGGGUCUGAUCAGCGCCGGGGGGCGCAGCCGUCAGACCGGGUCCAUCGCCAAGGCCACCGCCGGGGCGAAGCGCUUGGCUGCCCAGGCCCAGGUGAAGCCAAUCCCGACGGCAAGCGGCAGCGACGAUCGGCUGAGCAACUGCGGCGCCGUCAGCAGGCAGUAUGUUGCCCUCCGCCAGCCCAAUCGUGACCUUGAGCAGGUCAACAGUUGCCUCAGUCAUUUAGGCAGUCGCAUCAAGGCUGCUGAGCACAAUGACAAGGGCGCCUGCUUCGGGAAGAAGACCACGGCUGAGCUUGCGCAGGCGUGGUACCAGGUCGUCUCAGCGAACCAGGCGCAGGGUGUUGCUGCUCUGGGGCCGCGCGAUGUUCAGCGCCUCCCUGAUACUGGGCGUCGGCAGCUCGCUGACAUCCUGGACCGAGUGGAGCAAGCAGGGGUCUGGCCCGCGACCAUCUCGGCAAUCUUUGUGGCUGCCAUCCCCAAGGGCGCAGGCGCGGAGCUGGUGCCGGCCCUCCAGGAGCAGCUCAUCCAUGUGCAGCACAUUAAUCGGACAGCCGCGAGCGAGGGCCAUCUAAGUACAAUUGCAGAGUUCGAGCGCGCGAUGCAUGUCGCCACUGUCGUAAACGACGUCUUGCAGCGCAAUGAGACCGAGCUCAGAGAUCCCGGACUUGCAAAGCGGUUCCGAGCGCAACUGGACGAGGCAGACGCUUCGGACUGGAGCGCCGACUUGAGCACGGGUGCGCUCGUCAAUUUUCUCGCGCGCUACAGAUCUGUCCUGGCGGGCUCCAACGCCCGCAGUCAUCGCUGCGCCGACGUCGGGCCGAGGCGGCGGUCGCCCGAGCGCGGGCGCCGCGACAAAGGCGCGGACAAGGGGUCGCUUCCGCAGCGCUGCGAGAGAGCCGCUGCUGGCGUGCCGAUGGCCGACAAGGCGGGGCUGGUGGAUCAGGUCAAAAUCAUACAACGGACCGACCCAGAGUCGAAGCAGGCCUGGUGGGACUACUGCGACCACCACCUCGGCGGCGUCAAGGUCGGGGCUGCGGGCAGGGAGGCCCAGCACCGCUCCGCGAAGGCCGCGCGGACCUCUGGCGGCGCGUGCUCGUGCCGUUUCCGCUUCCGGUUCUCUCACGGCGGCGGCGCCGCGGGCGUCAGCGGGAGCCUCGGCGGAGCUGCCGUCGCCAGCGGCGGCGGGGCCAAGGGCCCGCACGGCUGGGGCGCGGGCAGGGGCGGCGGGGCCAGGGCCCCGGGCGGCUGGGGCGGCUGCCCGUGGAGCGACCGCGGGUCUGGGAAGCAGCGGCAUCAGCACCUCCUCGAAGUCGGUUCCAAUCCCAGUAGCGGCUGGGACUGGGUUUGA